CAAAGAAAGCAAGGAAGCGCAAAGGACAGAAAGGAAAGGAACGGAACGGAAAGAGGGUCUAAGAGGGGAGCGAAAAGACGCGCAGCCCACAGGCGACACUUUACCGUUUUACCGUUCAUCGCACAUCCAUUCUCUGCUGCCGCUGUUGCUGUUGCUGUUGCUGCUGUGUGCCGUUUACACUUCUCCUCGCACAAAAACAAACAGCCACAUUUUCGAAAUACAUUUUACGCGCGCGCGUGUGACAGAGAGAGAGAGAGAGAGAGGGAGAGAGCGAGCGAAAAAGGAAUUACGGUGCAAAAAGCUUUGGGCAAUCUGCCCGAACGACUAGCUAGGCCGCCGUAAGCGCCAAAACACACGCCCACACACCGAAAUUCCACGCGAAGAGCCACUCGAAAAUGGUGCAAACCAAUGCAGAUGGCUGCGACUACAAGGAGCGGCUGAUAGCCAGCGUCAAGAAGGAGGUGAAGCAACUGAUGGAGGAGGCGGUGACCAAGAAGUACGUCCACGAGGAGAGCAGCUCGGUGACGUCGCUCUGCGGCGCGGUGGAGGCCUGCCUCAGCCAGGGACUGCGCCGUCGGGCCCUCGGUCUGUUCAAGACCUCCUCGACAACGGCCCUGCUGCACAAGAUCGCCAAGAGCUGCCCAGAGGCGGAGCACAUCAGCAAGCUGGUGCAGGAGAUCGAGGCGAUGGACCCGAACAAGCGCUCAUCCUCCAGCAGCGACAGCUUCCAGCGGCCCCCGAUGCUGAAGAAGAGCAGCAGCAAUUCGAUGCAGUCCGCCAGCAGCAGCAGCAAUGCCACCGGCAACGCCUCCACCGCAUCCGCCGUCAGUGCCAGUGCCAGUGGCAGUGGCAGUGGCAGUGUCAGCAGCUCGAGCAUGGCGUUGGUCAGCAUGAAGUAUCUGUGGAUCCGCUUGGCCCUCUACGAGAAGCGUCUGACCAAGAUCAUCGAGUAUCUGGUGAGCAAUGCCAGCAGCUUCUACGACCGCGACUCCCUGGUGGCCGACUCCGACUAUGGAUCCAUUCUCAGCUCCCUGCUGGUGGGGCCCUGUGCCCUAGAGUUUACGCGGGCCAAGACAGCCGACCAUUAUUGGACCGAUCCGCAUGCGGAUGAGCUUGUGCAACGUCAUCGAAUCAGCUCGGGUCGCCGCUCCUCGUCGACCUGCUCGCGGCCGGCGAUCAUCAACUUUAAGCGGAGCCUGAACACCAGCUCCGAUGAGGCCAGCACCGGCUCCUUCAAGUCCAUGGCAACGGCGAGCGUGGCCAAGGACUACGUGGAGUCGCUGCAUCAGAACGCCAAGGCGACGCUGCUCUACGGCAAGAACAAUGUGCACGUCCUGCCGAAGGACGUGGCCGAGCCGAUGCCCGGCUACCUGAGUCUGCACCAGCACAUCCAGACGCUGACCAUCAAGUGGACGCCGAAUCAGCUGAUGAACGGCUACAACGAGGCGGACGAGGGCGAGGACAUCGACAAGGAGGCCUUCUGGGCGUACGCCCUCAACAUCAACGUGGACGAGAUCGUGUACGUGCAUUGCCACCAGAGCCGUGGCGAGGACAGCGGCGGCACCGUCAUCCUGGUGGGCCAGGACGGGGUGCAGCGACCGCCCAUCCACUUCCCGGAGGGCGGGCACAUGCAGCAGUUCCUCAGCUGCCUGGAGACGGGCCUGCUGCCGCACGGACAGCUGGAUCCGCCGCUCUGGUCGCAGCGCGGCAUCGGCAAGAUGUUCCUCUGGCCGAAGAGCAUGCGCCGGCGCAUCCUUCCAUCGGUGAUGGAGUCCGUGGACGAGACCCCCAUCGACUAUGUCUUUCGCAUUGUCAGCAAGAGCCGGCACGAGGAGUUCGCUGCCACCCACUCGAUACUGGACUUUGUGCGGAGCACACCGCGUCGCGCCCAGCUGAGCAGCUGCUCCACCACCGGCAGCAGCGACUGCUCGAACAAGAGCCUCUCCAUCGAUCAGUAUCCGGUGGAGUCGCCGCUGCUGCUGCUGCAACAGCAGCACGCCCAGAACACCAGCAUCGAGAUGGUCUGCUCCACCAUGCGCCGCCAGAUCAUCUCCCGGGCCUUCUACGGCUGGCUGGCCUACUGCCGUCAUUUAUCCACGGUGCGGACACAUCUCUCCGGACUGGUGCAUGGCCGGAUCACGCCAGAAAUGAAAGCCGAUGAGGAGGGUCUCACGAAGGAGCGCUGGCAGCUCCUCAAUGCGGAUGGUGUCCUCGAGAAUGCCACCGAGUUCUAUCGCUUGGUGUACUUUGGCGGCGUACAGCCGGAUCUGCGGCAGGAGGUGUGGCCCUACCUGCUGGGCCACUACGCCUUCGGGUCCACCCGCGAGGAGCGUAAAAAACAGGACGAGACCUGCAAGCACUACUACGAGACGACGAUGAGCGAGUGGCUGGCCGUCGACGCCAUUGUGCAGCAGCGGGAGAAGGAGAAGACCGCCAGGGCGGUGGCAAAGCUCAGCUCCAGCGGCAGCAACAGCGGCAACGAUCGGACGGUGCGUGCCGCCGAUCUCGACGCGGGCGGAGAGCUGGAGAACGAGGUGUUCGAGGACAUCUCGGACAUAUCCGAUCCGGGCGACCUGGAGUUCGAUGACGAGCAGCGACAGCAACAGCAGCAGCAGCAUAUCCAUGGCCAGCAGCAGAAGCAGAAACACCAACAGCAGCAGCAGCAGGAGGAGGUGUCCGUUAGUGGCAUGCACCUGUGCGUGAAGCCCAUUCCAAGGGCCAUGAAGACCAGCACGGACUCGGGCCAUGUGGACGAGGGCGAGAACUUUAACGAGCUCGAUGAGGAGGCCGAGCAGGAGCAACAGGAGAAGAUCAACGCGGAGCCGCCCAUAGCCAGCUGCUCUACGUCAACAGCAUCCUCCUACGAGACGGUGGGACCCGGCGGAGCCCCCCACCAGCCCAGCGACAGCCGCAGCCGCAGCGUCCUCAGUCCGGAGUACCUCAGCGCCGACGAUCUGCAGCUGCCCGAGGACGAGGAGGAGGUCAAGCCCCCACAGCAGCAGCAGCAGCAGCAGCAGCAGGCAGCUGUCAUCAUCACCAACGCCUCGGUGGACCUUGCCAACUGGGAGCGCAGCCCCAAGGCCGGCAACAGUCAGCAGAUGUCCCCCGUCCAGGAGCAGGCGGCGGCCCUGGAUGCCCUGCAGCAGCCAAAGUCGGCCUGCGCCUCCCCAGCCAGCUCCAAUGGUGGCGUCUACAGUAGUGAGCUGCUCGAACAGUUCGGCCUCAAUCUGCAUCGGAUCGAGAAGGAUGUGCAGAGAUGCGAUCGCAACUACUGGUACUUUGCCAACGAGAAUCUGGACAAGCUGCGCAACGUGAUAUCCACGUAUGUGUGGGAGCAUCUGGACGUGGGCUACAUGCAGGGCAUGUGCGAUCUGGUGGCCCCACUGCUGGUCAUCUUCGACGACGAGUCCCUGAGCUACAGCUGCUUCUGCAAGCUCAUGGAGCGCAUGAUCGAGAACUUUCCCAGCGGCGGUGCCAUGGACAUGCACUUUGCCAACAUGCGAUCUCUCAUACAAAUCCUCGACUCGGAGAUGUAUGAUCUGAUGGACUCGAACGGGGACUACACGCACUUCUACUUCUGCUACCGCUGGUUCCUCUUGGACUUCAAGAGGGAGCUCGUCUACGACGAUGUCUUUGCCACUUGGGAGGUGAUCUGGGCGGCCAAGCAUAUAGCCUCGGGGCACUUUGUCCUCUUCCUGGCCCUGGCCCUGCUCGAGACCUAUCGCGACAUCAUCCUCUCCAACAGCAUGGACUUUACCGAUGUCAUCAAGUUCUUCAAUGAAAUGGCCGAACGCCACAAUGCCCAGGCAGUGCUCCAGCUGGCUCGGAGCCUCGUCCUGCAGCUGCAGAUGAUCAUCGAGAACAAGUAGAGGGGAAAACACUAUACUAAACGAGUAGUAGAGUAAUAGUAGACCAGUAGACCCAUAGAGACUAUAGAUCGUAGUUCGGAUCGUCAGUCAAAUUUCGUUUGCCAAAAAGGAUAAUCAAACCAAAAGAAAUCAAAAAAAAAAGAAAAAGAAAAGGCAACAAUAAAUAGUAUGCAUAGGAAAUACUUUUGUUUCUCACUCGAUGUCUUCUUUAUAUGCGACAUGCAACGUGCAUCAUGCGACUCUAAAUGUAACCGUAACUGUAACUGUAACCGUAACUGUAACCGUAACUGUAUCUGUAACUGUAUCUGUAUUUAUAUGAAUGUAAGCUGUGUUCUUCCCAAACAAAACAUUUCUCACGCAUAUCCCCAACAAGCGGAAACGGAAACCGAAACAAAAACCAAAACAGGGGCUGACAAUGCAAAAGACUCUACAAAUCAAUGGUAACGAUUGAAAUCUUAUAUAUAUCUACCAUAUACUGUAUACUGUAUAGGAAUCUAACUGUGUUUUUUUUUUUUGUUUUUUUUUUGAAUAUGUGUGGGUCCUCAUGGGACCCAUGCAGAUAUACAAAAUAUAUAGUUAUAUAU